AGCCAAGCCAUCACUGACCGCCAAGGUCUGACCGCCCGCCUCUCUCCUCCCACCCACGCGCGGGCGCGCGGGGCGGGCGGGCAGAGCGCGCGGCUGCGCGCCUGGGCGGGCGUCCGCGCCACCCGCCCCCGGCCCGGCCCGCCGCGUCCGCGCCCGCCCGCGACCCCCCGCAGGCGCGCGCGCGCGCAGGCGACGCGUUCCUUCACCCGUCCGCCCCUCUCCCCCCGCAGGACAGCCAUGCAGAUCUUCGUCAAGACGCUGACCGGCAAGACCAUCACGCUCGAGGUCGAGCCGUCCGACUCGAUUGACAACGUCAAGGCCAAGAUCCAGGACAAGGAGGGCAUCCCGCCCGACCAGCAGCGCCUCAUCUUCGCGGGCAAGCAGCUCGAGGACGGCCGCACCCUCUCGGACUACAACAUCCAGAAGGAGUCGACGCUGCACCUGGUGCUCCGCCUGCGCGGCGGCAUGCAGAUCUUCGUCAAGACGCUGACGGGCAAGACCAUCACGCUCGAGGUCGAGCCGUCCGACUCGAUCGACAACGUCAAGGCCAAGAUCCAGGACAAGGAGGGCAUCCCGCCCGACCAGCAGCGCCUCAUCUUCGCGGGCAAGCAGCUCGAGGACGGCCGCACCCUCUCGGACUACAACAUCCAGAAGGAGUCGACGCUGCACCUGGUGCUCCGCCUGCGCGGCGGCAUGCAGAUCUUCGUCAAGACGCUGACCGGCAAGACCAUCACGCUCGAGGUCGAGCCGUCCGACUCGAUUGACAACGUCAAGGCCAAGAUCCAGGACAAGGAGGGCAUCCCGCCCGACCAGCAGCGCCUCAUCUUCGCGGGCAAGCAGCUCGAGGACGGCCGCACCCUCUCGGACUACAACAUCCAGAAGGAGUCGACGCUGCACCUGGUGCUCCGCCUGCGCGGCGGCAUGCAGAUCUUCGUCAAGACGCUGACCGGCAAGACCAUCACGCUCGAGGUCGAGCCGUCCGACUCGAUUGACAACGUCAAGGCCAAGAUCCAGGACAAGGAGGGCAUCCCGCCCGACCAGCAGCGCCUCAUCUUCGCGGGCAAGCAGCUCGAGGACGGCCGCACCCUCUCGGACUACAACAUCCAGAAGGAGUCGACGCUGCACCUGGUGCUCCGCCUGCGCGGCGGCGCGUGAGCGCGCUCCCGCCCCUCUCCUCUGCCCAUUGAUCAAUGGGCUUUGUUGACCGCCAGGCCCGAAAGAGCGGAAGUGCCCGCCCCUCAUAGUUGGGCGAGCGUGACUGGUGC